AUGGUUAAAAAGCAGCAUAAAGACAGAGAGACAGAGAAUGUUAAAAAGGAGAUUAUGGAAAAUAUCGAAAUGUCAUGGAACAAGUUAGAUGCACGAGAACACAAUGACCAGGAAGAGGAUAAACUCGCAGAGCUGAAUCUAAAGAAUUGCAGUCUUCAGGAACUGAUCGCCACGCUGAAAGACGGCAGAGGGGCUGCCAAGGUGUUUGAACAGGCCCUGGGCUCACUCCCGGAUUCCAAACUUCCUGUAGCCAACCAAUUAGAGCAGGCCAUUACCACCAUUAAAAGUAAUGUCAAGGUCAUUCUGGAUACACAGGGGGAAAACAAAGUACUCAAAAAGAGAAAUGAGCAGCUGGAAAAAGAACUCCAUGAAGCUGAGAAGACUGUUAUAGCUCAAGAUAAACUCAUCUCGGAGCUGAGAUUAAGAAUGCCUGCCACAGCUGAAAGAGACGAGAUCAUUCUGAGAGCCACCUCAAAAGUAAAUGCUGCCAUGACUCAGAAACCAGAGGAGAAAAACUACAAAACCGAAGACUCCAUAAAGAUUGCUCAGUCAACCAUAUCCAGUUUACAGGCCAGGAUCCAACAGAAGGAAGAGACAAUUGCUAAAUACCAGGAGCUUCUGAAACAGGCUCGUGAUGAUAUGCAGGACAUGAACAAACGACAUGAACAAGAUCUCAAGAACAUGCAGCUCAAGAUUCAUCAGAACACUGAUGCCGCGUUUAACAAGUUCAAAGAUGCCGCCCGGGACCUGAUGGCUAAACAACAACUCAGACAACCCGCUACAGAAAAACAGGCUGCAAGAAUCCAGGAAUUAGAGGACAGUUUGGCAGAGCAGGACAAUGCAAUGGCAGCUAUGAGUGAAAAAAUCAGACAAAGAGAGGAAGAAAUAAUCAGUUUGAGGUCAAAACUACAGCAAGAAUCCAGGCAGUUCUCUAUGGACAAAGACAGAUUAGGAUCAGAGAUGAAGACUGAAGCACAGAAGAAAGACUCUGAAGUCCAGGAUCUGAAGAAAAUCAUUGAGCAGCAGAAACGGGAAAUUGAGAUACUUAAUGAAGAGAUUGAGGUGGUCACAGAGCAGAACAAUCGAGCUCCCACGACCACAAUGAAAAACCUGGUGGAGAGAUUGAAGAAUCAGCUGGCUCUAAAGGAGAAACAACACCAGGCCCUCAGUAAAGCUCUAACGGAACUAAGGGCAGACAUGGUUCAACAGGCACAAGAGACCGUGAAACACCAAGCUACUGAAUCAGAACAGGAAAUCAACAUCCAGAAAAUUGUAGACACACACACAAGGGAGUUAAAUGAGAAGGUGGAUGAUCUUCAGUUGACUGUGGAGAGACAGAGAAAGGAGAUCAAGAAACGGAAAGAUACAGAAGCCACUCUACAGACAGAUAUUGAUGAUCUCAGAGAGGAAAUAGGUCGGAAAGACAAAAACCUGCGGAGAUACAAGUCAGACAAAGAGAGGUUAGAGAUGGAAGUGGAGGAACUAGAAAAGAAAGUGGAGAGAAUGGGCAAGAUGGGCACUCAGAGGAUAGGUGAGGAGACCAAACAGAAGGAGUAUGAGGAGAUGAGGAGGAGGGUGAGGAUGCUGGAGGAGGAACUCAAACGUAAACAACAGCAGCCAGAAAAACCGUACGAGAUCUCCAAGGAAACACCUCCCAUUAAAGAGCUCACCAAGGAAAAGUCGGAAGAAUUAGUAAAAUGGGAGGAGAAAAAGAAAUGGCAGAAAACUGUGGAGAAAAUGAGGAUGGCUGUGAGAGAGAAAGAGGCUGAAGUGGAGAGGCUGGAAAAGUCAAAUAGGAUUCUGAAGGAUCAGCUAGACAGAGCUAUUAGAGAAAAAGACCUGACUGAGAAGAAGUUAAGUAAUGCCCAGAGAGGCCCAGUACCAGCCCCCCGGGGACCCUCAGACAAACCUGACCAUGUAGUGGAGGAACUCAAGACGAGGAACUAUCAGCUUCAGGAUAAGGUAACCAAGUUACAAAGGGAGUUAACUCUGGCUAAAGAUGUGGCGGUACGCGAGGUGGAGGUCAGGAAUAAAUACCUGACAGAACAGCUGGAGUCCAUGGAACAAGUAGUGGCACAGAAAGUGUCCGUCACCUCUACACAACCAGGAGCGGAUCAAACAGGAGUGUCUACCAAGGAAUUCCAGGUCAUUUUUGAAAAGAAUCAGAAUCUACAGAGACAAAUGCUAGCACUGUCUGAGGAAAAUAUUGAACUCAAGUUUGAGAAUGAGCAGUACAGGAAAGAUGCUCCAAGGCUUAAGGAAAGGAUAGCAGAUCUUCAGAGUUAUGUGGAGGCCCUUAAACAGGAAAACUCGCAACUUGGAGGGAACACAGCCAGAUCUUUUGACUCGUCAGGCUCCAGUGGGAUCAGAAGGAUUGGGGAUAGUGGGAAAAGUGUGAGAGAAUUAGAGAAGACAAUAGCCCUCCUGAAGAAGGUUGUAGAGCGUGUACAGUUGGAGAAUGAAGAAUUAAAGAAAGCUGCCCACAUCGCAGGGAAUGAGGAACUGCAAAAACUGAGGCUGGAAAAUGCUGGACUCAAGGAUCAAUUGGAGGAGUUGCGAAUGAAAAUGGGUGCCACACUUAGUGAGAGGUACACCACCACACAGAAGGGUACCGCCAAAAUGAUGACAGACUACGAGAAAAUGAGGAAAGAUCUCAUGAAGGAAAUUGAGUCCAAUGAGAAGUUAAGAAUGGAGAUCCGGAAUCUGGAGCUACAGAAGGAACAAUUGAACAGCCAGCUCCAGGAUUCCAAGUCUAUGACUGGACUGGAGCGAGAACGUCCAGGUGGAUCUGGAACCAUGGACUCCAAGGGCUGGAAGUCUGCUGUGGUCACCAGGAUGUAUGAGGGGAAACUGAAAGAUCUAGAGAAAGAAAUGGAGAAAAAGAACAAGUUACUGAGUGAUACUAAAACUUUACUGAAGGAGGCAGCAGAGAGGGAACAGAGGUUACUGACAGAGAACCAGGCUCUCAAACAGAAGAAUGCUAUCUUGGAAAAAUAUCCUCAUGGUGCUAAAACUUCAGAUAUGGGUUUAACAAAAGAUUUCCAACAAGCCAGACUGACUAUAGGACGAUUGGAGAAUGAGAAGAAAGAGAUACAGCAUGAACUUCAGAUAUACAAGCAGCAAGGUGGAGGGACACAGUUAUCAGGUGACGUAAUAACCAAGGUUACAGCCUACGACAGAUUAAUGGAUGAAAAUGUGGAAAUCAAAAUGCAGCUACGAACAGUGGAGACAGAGAAGGACAAAUAUAGACUGGAAAUGGAGAGGUUAAAGAAAGAGUUAUCUAACUUUGGUCCAGAUUUCUUUGAGGAAAUAGAAGAUUUAAAAUACAACUACAAGCAGGCUCUUGAAAAGAACAUUUUAUAUGAGGAGCGACUUCAACAACUUGGUGUGAGAUAGUGUCUCUACAAGGAAGGAAUUGGAAUUAUUGUCUUGGAGAAUGUUCUGUCAUAUUAUAUGUCCUUCUUCAGAAAAUAUAAUUGUAAAAGUUGAGAUAGCUUUGUUUAUUAUAAUGAAUGUUCUAUCUUAAAAAAUAUGAAAUGAAAGUGACAGAGGCAAAUGUGGCUAGAAGUAGUUUACAUGAUAAUACAUGUGCAUGUAUUACAAGUGAAACUGCAUAGAAAUAUAGUUAGUAAUAAUGAUGAAAGUAAAAAUAAAUGAAUUGUAUACCUCUGAAAAAAUUGGAGGGCAUUCGGACUCCUCAUCCGUCCCAUGCAUUUGUACUUGAAUAAGUGCAUUUCCACUGUAAUGAUUUUAGUAACCUUAUCUCUCAAUGUGACUUCAUUUGACUUUAAAAAAAAAUAUGUAGCUGCAUCUGUGAUAAAGAACUAGGCAUAUAAACUUUAUACUUGUAUAUAUAUAUAUAGUUACAUUUAUCAUUGUGCAAAGUCUGUCUUUUCAGAAUGCUAUGUUGUAGAUCUAAAUCAUCUGCCGUCCUUUCAGCAUCUUUAUUAUUUUUGUAUAGCUGGGUCUCAUAUUUAUUUGAGUUUCAAAUACAAAAUAAACAUGAAUGUUA